AUUAUUUAGCAGAAAAAAAAAACAUUCUUCUAAAAAGCAACACACAAUAUAUAAAAAGACAGUCCAUCUCCAUAAUAAUAAAAAUGUCAGAGGUUGAGCCCACUGAAACCACUUUAACCUUCAUGUCGUCACCGCCCGACCUGAAUAUUCAACGUUCUUUUGCCAUGGCGGCCAAUCAGUCUAAUGAAGAAAGUUUUGAACAUUUCAACUUUCCCAUUACUUUGAACCCUAUUACUCCUUCCUCUGUUGUUAUAUCACAGCCUGUACCAGAAGAAGAAACUGAAGUUACUGCGAAAACCAUAAAACUGAAACGUCAAACACAUACCCGCAAUUAUAAAUUGUAUGCAGGAAAUACUUAUUUUUUUUGUGGCGGUAGAUUCCUCACCAGUAAAGCAUUGGGUGCCUUCUGUCUAUCACUUCUCAUCCUGUGGGGUCCUUGUAUCUUGUUUCUCAUUUUCACGUGUCCAUGGUUAUGGUACCACAUUUCUCCCGCUGUACCCAUUGUUUACGCAUACAUGUUUUCAAUUACAUUUGCUUCCAUGCUAAAGACUUCUUGGACUGAUCCUGGAAUACUUCCUAGAAAUUUAGACGGUGUAAGUCCACCUUUAAACACAGCAAGUCAAGAUGAAUUUGGGUUUCGCUAUUCCAACAUGUCAGAUUAUAACAUGCCUUUACCCAAAGAAGUUCUCAUUAAUGGUGAACUCAUUCGUUUAAAAUAUUGCGAAACAUGCUGUAUCUAUAGACCACCCAGAGCUAGCCAUUGUAAACAAUGUGAUAAUUGUGUAGAAAAUGAAGAUCACCAUUGUAUUUGGCUCAAUAAUUGUGUUGGAAAAAGAAACUAUACCACCUUCUUCACCUUUGUUGUAGGUGGCACAUUAUCUUGCUCUUACAUCAUUGCUUUCUCUUUGGCGCAUGUCAUUAUUCUCUGUCUGGAAACAACUGACAAAUCCUUUGAAAAGGCUCUCGCUGAAGCACCUGUCAGUUUUGUUGUCGCAUUGAUUUGUUUGAUCUUGCUGUUUCCUAUUUGUGGUUUGACUUUUUAUCAUUGUAUCUUAAUCAUGAGAGGCAUCACAACCCAUGAACAGAUUCGGUCGGGGUCAAACCCCUUUGAUCAUCAUCCGUUCGAUUUGGGCAAUCCAUUCAAGAAUAUGUUGUAUGUUCUCUGUAGACCACAUAAUAAAAGUUACAUUGCAAGACGUAAAUACGCUGAAGAAGUAUACGAGAUUAAAGAACAACCAGUGCUAAAUUCUAAAGGAGUCGUAACGCAUUCUAAUGUAUCCACCACAGUGCAAAAUGAAUCCUCUGCUCAAAACUCAAAUUUGGAACCAGUCAUUGCAUCUGGUGUUCCUUUACAACAACGAACCAACCAAUAGAAACCCUUUGUAUAUCACUUUUUUUUUUUCCUUACUAUUUAGCUUUCUCUAGACUAACUUACUACUUUAUAAAACACUAAUAUUUAAUACUACAUGCUCUUACAAUAAACACACUUUUUAUUUGUUUAUUGUGAACUAAUCAUUACGAGCAAAUCAA